AUGCACCUGUACAAGCCUGCUUGCACCGACAUCCCACCCCACAAGCCGGGCUUGCCGAAACCGAGCGAAGCCCUCCUGAAAGGGAAAAAGCAAAGCGCUACUCCCAAGCCCUGCCCGCCAGCGGCACGCUGGGCUGGGCGGGCGAGCGGAGCCGCCGAGCGGAAGGACCUGGAGAGGUUCCUGCACGUGCACGGCCUGUCCUUGCAGAGCACCGUCAAAGCUGAGACGGGCAUGAAAUACAGGUACGGCUGCUUAGGCGAGAGCGGGUUAACCCCUGUUUCGCUCUCUGCAGGGACGUGGGUCACGUUCGGAGGGCAGAUCUCGGACGAGUGCUACCAGUGGUUAAAAGAAAAAAUUGUAAGCGAGGAAGGAAGAAAGCAGCAAGUGAAGCUGAAAGACCUGUCCCCCAUCGCCGAGCGUCUUGGGUGCACACUACCUCAGCUCGCCGUCGCGUGGUGCCUGAGAAACGAGGGCGUCAGCUCUGUCCUCCUGGGCUCCUCCAACCCCGAGCAGCUGAUCGAGAACCUGGGAGCCAUUCAGGUUCUUCCAAAGAUGACAUCACAUAUCGUAAAUGAAAUAGAUAAUAUUCUGGGAAAUAAGCCCUACAGCAAGAAGGACUACAGAUCAUAAUGCAAUGCAUGACUUACCUGGACUGCAUGGUUUAAAAUAGUGCUCUGUACACAUAGUACAGUACCGAAUUAAUAUCCGGUCGUGAGAAUCAUUCAGCAGCUUGCUGCUCAGUGUCUACUGUUACUGGAUCCUUCGAGAUGUGUGCUGUUGCUACCAAUCUGCAGUGGAAUUUAAAAGCACAGUUGAUCUCUCUUACAACCGAGAAUGAUCUUGUAUUUUCUUACCUUCAACUGAAAUCGUUAAUUUUUACUUUACUCUUAGCACCUCAUGCUUGUGCUGUGAAAAACAUAUGCAAAGCAAAAAAUAAUUUAUAACCUUUAGGUACUUGGUAAUUAAAGAAGGAUGUACAGAUAUAUUUUUUCAGGGAACAAAGCCAGAUACAACUUAAGGUUUUAAUAAAUCCACGUUUGGGAAAUUUCAACCAUAAAGUUUCUUCAGUUAGAUUAACAGAUAGAAUGGGCAAGUUCAAAUUUUCCAUUUGCUUUUUUUAUGCUGAAUACAGGCUUUAGAUUUAGUUUGAAAUUGAAUAAGGGACUUGCAUCAGAAAAUGAGUUAGAAAUCAUCUAGUUCAACUCCUGACUAUACCAAUUAUUCCAGCUGUGGAGCGCGCCAAAGAAGUAGUUCUGGGUACCA